AAUGCGUGUCAGACUAUCCUAAAAAGACUUGAGCCAAUCAAACAGUCUAAUCCCAAAGGAUCCUGGGAAAACUGGAUUAAAACCGCCUAUGAGAGCUGUAUUAGCCUGUCGGCCACAGGGUUUUAUAGAAUUCCUGACGUUGGCUAUGACUUUGAAAGGAACGAAGGGAAACCAUUCUCCUACUUCAGUUAUGGUGUUGCUUGCUCUGAGGUUGAGAUAGAUUGCCUGACAGGUGACCAUAAGAACAUUCGCACAGACAUUGUUAUGGAUGUUGGUACCAGCCUGAACCCAGCCAUAGAUAUAGGACAGAUAGAAGGAGCGUUUGUCCAAGGCCUUGGGCUCUUCACCAUGGAAGAGCUGCGCUAUUCUCCUGAAGGGAACUUGUACACUCGAGGGCCUGGGAUGUAUAAAAUCCCAGCAUUUGGAGAUAUCCCAACAGAAUUCUAUGUGUCUCUUCUUCGUGACUGCCCGAACAGCAAAGCUGUUUACUCAUCCAAGGCUGUAGGAGAACCACCUCUGUUCCUGUCUGCCUCAGUGUUUUAUGCCAUCAAAGAUGCCAUCUACUCAGCAAGGAAGGACUCUGGCCUGACUGAACCAUUCAGGCUGGACAGCCCUGCCACCCCAGAGAGGAUCCGCAAUGCUUGCGUGGACAUGUUCACCAAAAUGUGUCCUUCUGCUGAGCCAGGCACCUUUAAACCAUGGUCUGUGCGUGUGUGAAAGGAAAGUUUGAGAAGCAAACUGCUGAAACUGAGCUUACACCAGAGGGACCACAAGGCAGUAGGACUAUAAUGGACAAAAAGAUAUCUGUGUUCAUGUGGCUCACGCACUGAUUCAUGGAACUUUCACAUUUAAUUGUCCAAUCAUUGUUUUCCCUAGGAGAGGGAAUUGCUGCCAGAUUAUAGCUGUGAUGUAAAUUCAAAUGAAGAGUAAGUGGAAGGUGAUGUUAUCCAGGUGUAAUUGAAAAAUCUCACAGGUUUCUUUUAAAAUUGCUGCAA